CAGAAUAUCUUAACUAUGACUGUGACACACAAUGGUUACCAAGACCCAAAUAAUUUAGAAUUUGAGGAAGUCAAAAUCCUUGGAUUGCCCCUUGAACCUACAGAAGUAAAAGUCACUUCAAACAAUGUGGCUCAGACAUAUCCUGUCAAUAUCAGUUAUAAUGCUGCAGAAAAGGUUGCCCAUAUAACAGGUCUUCAACUGAAACUAGGAGAAGCCCACACAAUCUCGUGGAACCAGAUCUUCAGAGAAAGUGACAAAUUUGAUUGCCAUCCUUAUCCAGAUGCAACACAAGCAAACUGUCAAGCUCUUGGCUGUAUCUGGAAUUCUUCUGCUCCUUCAGGAGUUCCAUACUGCUACUACCCUGACAACACUGGUUAUACCAUUGACCAGGUUCAGUACACAUCUUCUGGCUUCGUAGCAAACAUUGGCAGAAGCCAGAGUUCUGUUAGAUAUCCAAAACAGGCAAUAAUACCCAUUGACACACUACGCUUGGAGGUUAAAUAUCAUGAGAACCACAUGUUUCAGUUUAAGAUUUAUGAUUAUAGCAAUAGCAGAUUUGAGGUUCCAAUACCAUUGAACCUCCCCAGCACUCCUGCAAGUUCCCCUGAAAAUCGUCUCUAUGAUGUCUCAGUUCUAAACAAUCCAUUUGGUAUCCAAAUUCGGCGCAGGAGCACUGGGACUGUCAUGUAA